AUGAUCAUCCGCUCUACUUCACCCACAAAGACAUCACGACGCACGAACAAGGUCACAGCCGAGACGAUUUGCGCAGGCUGCGAAGUCGCUCGCGAGACGACCAAGCUCAACCCUGAACUCGACGAAUGGGUUUCAUGCAACGGGUGCAAGAAAUGGUUUCACGUGGACUGCGCUGGCUUUAAGAAGGCUUCUGAAGUUCGUGACGUGGACAAGUUCUUCUGCAAACCCUGUGAGCCUGUGCAUGGCAAGACGACAUACGUCAGGAAGAGUACUCGUGCGCAUGCGCAAGUCGACUACGCUGAACUUCAGCGUGGAGUGCUCAAGACUAGUGAAGAGAGUAUGGAGCACCACUACAUUCAGCCGAUCAAGGACGGCACUUUCGAGUUCGAUCCGGAGAACUUUCCCCGAAUGCGACCUGAGCUGGUCACACGCGACUUCUUCGAGAAGAGUAACGUCUUUGUUGAGCCGAUCUGUAUUCCAGCUGAGUGGAACCCUCGUCCAUGGGUACACAAGAGGCAGAAGGCGGCCGAGGGUGACGGUGGGCAAGAGAAGGUAGAAGACAUCAUGUCAGAUCUGACGGCUGAAGAGUUCGAGUACGAUGCGGUGCCAGAUGUGGGCCAAGACAAGCUGGGCAUGGUCAUGCCUGAAGAUCUCACUGUGCGGCAGGUCUGCAACUUGGUGGGACCGGAGAUACCCCUGGAUGUGAUUGAUGUCAAGACACAGAACUCUGGUGCAAAGUGGACGCUUGGAAGAUGGGCUGACUACUAUGAGGAAGACGGUGAUGACAAGCCGAUUCGGAAUGUGAUCUCGCUGGAAGUAUCGCAGUCGAAGCUGGGACGACUUCUUCGUCGACCGAAGAUUGUGCGGGAUAUCGACCUCCAGGAUGAAGUCUGGCCCCAGAAAGAGAUCGAUCAAGGCAAAUACCCCAAGGUCCAGUUCUACUGUCUCAUGUCUGUGGCAGACAGCUACACCGACUUCCACAUCGACUUUGGCGGAAGCAGUGUCUACUAUCAUAUUUUGAAGGGCAAGAAGACAUUCUUCUUCAUACCACCAAAGGCGAAACACCUCAAGGCGUACGAAGAAUGGAAUGACAGUCCUCAACAGAACUACACCUUCCUGCCAAACAUCACCAAGGAAUGCUACCGCGUUGACCUCAACGAGGGCGAUACGAUGCUCAUUCCAUCUGGCUGGAUCCACGCAGUCUGGACGCCGGAGACGAGCUUGGUCAUUGGCGGCAACUUCUUGAAUCGAAUGUCCUACAAGAACCAGUUCAAGGUCGUUGAUAUCGAGAAGGCCAACGAGACGCCCAUGAAAUUCCGAUACCCUUACUUCCAGAAGAUCAUGUGGUAUACAGCAAUCCAGUACCUGAAGACGGACCCUCUACCGGAUGCUGUAUCACAGCUCUUCUACGAAGGCAAACGGUUCGAGCGACAGGUACCAAUCUGGGCGGAGUUCGAUGCUGAGUCUGCUGUCGACGACCUUCGGCCCGGCGCAAAGAACACCCGGUACUAUGGCCAAGCCGAGAUCGAGGGCCUGCCAGACCUGGUCAACUUCAUCUUCCGCACUGUUAUGCUGGUCAUGGGCCGGAUUGAAGGCGUAUCUCAAGAUCGCAUGAAGCGGGUGAAUGCAUCGAUUCCCAAGACGCACGGAGAGCCGCUAGAAGUGGCCAAGACUUUUGCCCUCUGGGUGGCUUGGAAGCGAGGGAACGAGGACCCACCCGCUUGGGCACAUCCAGACGCCGUCCUUCCGAACGGCAAGGACCUGGGACCACCCAAGAAGCUGUCGGCGCGCGCACUGAAGGAGAUGGAGCGCAAGGAAGCCAUUGCAGCGUGGCAAGUGGCCCCCGAGCGGCAGAGCGCUCGCGUGAAGAAUGCCGCCGCUGCGGCUAGUGCCAGCACUAGCGUGGAUGGCGCUGUGGCGGCUCCUGAGCGCACUUCAGCAAAUGGACUUCAUCAUCAACAUCCAUCGCCGCAACACCCAUCACAUGCCCCGACCGAACCGCCCGCGCAUCACCAAAUGCAUGCUCAGCCCGCGCCCAUUGUCCAUCCGACGGCGAUGGCGAUGAACGCGAUGCCCGCGCAGUACAUCAGCACGCCGAAAACUUCGGUGCUCGGACCCAAGCGCGUGGCCUGCGAUGCGUGCAGGAAGCGCAGAAUCCGAUGCAAGCACAAAGACAUUGUCCUGCAGGCCACUUCAGGUAGCCCCAACCAGUCGCUCCAGACGUCGCCCAAUUCUUACCAGACUCCAGAACUCUUCGACAACAUUACUGUAACGCAACCAAAAUCGCGCGCCUCUCUCGACAAUGUUACUAACCCGAUCAAUGCACAGCAGGGGGCGAAUGGCCAUGUAAUGCUCAGUGCAGCUCUCGCAAAUGGCGCGCCAGUCACUAAUGGACAGAAUCAGCCUCUUCCUGGCACGAACGCAUACCUCAAUGCCAACAUUCCCAUGACCAUGAAUGGCGUACCCAUCUUCGGCGAGGCACAGAAACGCGGACGCACGAAGGCCUGCUUUGAAUGCAGAAAGUCCAAGGUAUGCAUCCCAUCAGAGGUGGUGAUUGUUUGCUAA